AUGGUCUCUUUUUCCUGUGAGGGCUGCGGAGACGUCCUCACGAAGAAAAAACUCGACCAGCAUCGCAACCAAUGUCGCGGCGCCUCCUUCACCUGCCUGGAUUGCAUGGUCCAUUUUCAAGGGAACGAGUAUCGCGCCCACACCAGUUGCAUUAGUGAAGCGCAGAAGUACCAAGGUGCCCUCUACAGGCCGGAGAAGGAGAAGAAAAACAGGCAGAACCAGAACCAGAACCAGAACCAUUCGAAUUCGCAGGCCCUCGUCCCCCAUAACGCGUAUGUCGAGGAUGCAGAUGCGGAGGAUGAGUACCAUCACAACUCGCAUAUUGUUAUCGUCGAUCCACCCAUGCCAGAGGCCCCUGAGCCGCCCUCGGCAGCUCCUGGCUUCACCAUGCAGUCCGACCCUGCCAACGUCAACGUCUUCGACUUUCUUGUUGAUAGCGAGACUCCGAAUGCUUCCAAACUCGAGCUCCCCGCCCCCGAACCUAUGCAUUUGAUCGAAGAGGCGCAUGAAGAGAAUCAGAGCCGGGAGUUGGUUCGUGUCCAUUUCGAGGAUGCCGGCCAGAGCGUGACGGACCUAGUGGAAUAUGGCAAUGGACCCGUGCCCACUUCGGCAUACGAAACACCAGUGCCAAAAACAGAGCGUGAGCGCGAGAGGAGGAAGGAGAGGAGGGAUCGCGAUUUAAGCAGGGAGGAGAAGAAGGACAAGAAGCGCAAACGGCUACAUGUCGACACACAGGACCUAUCACCGCGCCAAGGCGACGAGAUCAUGACCGAUGCUCCACCGGUGCUUCACUCUGGACUGACCGGCGGUCUAAACCGACUCCUGUCUCGUCCGUCGGUGUUCCCGCCCUCUCCCGAUUAUUCUGGCGGGGAUGUAGCUGAUGCCUCGCCCGGUAGCCCGUUGAAGAAGACGAAACAUUCGAAGCGGGGCCGAAGCCGUGUUGACACAAUCGGAAACAAUAUUAUGUCGCUAAUAAGCAGUCGCAAGCCAUCCCGUGAGCAUUCCGCGGACCAGCCAAAGAGGAAACACCGCAAACACCGGGAGGCAUCUGAGAAACCAUCGCGGAAGAUGAUUGAGUACAAGCCUAACGGAGACGACGAAACUCAGCAUUAUGAUGGCCAACAGGAAAUGGUUGUCUACAAGCCUCGAGGAGAUUUGCUACUCAGCUUUAUCAACAAAGGCCCCGAGAGCGAAAGAGGUAUGAGCAUGCACAAGGCAUUAAAGAGAUAUCAUCGCGAAAGAAACGCAACAGGUUCAGCGAUGUCCAAGGGGUUAGAGGAGAAGGAGCUUUGGAGGAGUCUGAGGAUGAAGCGGAAUGACCGAGGAGAAAUCGUUCUAUUUCUAUGA